AAAAGUUAUUUUGCAAUCAAAAGUCUGCUUUUGAGAUUGAAAAUGAAUAAAUUUAUACGAAUUGUUAUUUUUACGAUGAUUAUAUCAUCAGCUGUACUGGGGCGUAAAUUGGAAUUAACAGGUAAUUGCAGUUGUGCAGCUAUUCAAGUAUCAGGUCUUGAACCAAUUUUAGAACAAUCUCUUCAGUUUAAUGUUGCAUGUAAUGAGGAAGGCAUUGACAAGUGUGAACGACUUUGCAUUGCUCUCGUGAGUGCUGCUAAAGAUAAGGGCCCAGAAUUGAUUUGUGAUAAAUUAAAAGGACACGUUUCAAACUUGCAUGUUGGACUUUUUACACGAAUUUGCGACGCAAAUGGAUGGAAAUUCUCGGGGCUUAAAAUUCCUGAUCCAGUUUGUUGUCACGAGGGCAAACCAACUCAAUGUGGUGGUACUCCAGAAUAA